AUGAGAAGCUUUGCGUUAGAAAACCGGAGCGUGACCGAGAGCCACACUGCUUGCAACAUCCUGGAGCACCUGCAAGCAAUGAUGGAUAACUGGGAGCUGCCACUGCAGAAACUGCCAGUCUACGUGGUGAUGGACAAUCUGAAGGAAGCCAUCUGUGUGGAGCUGGCCACUUCUGAGACAACCGUGCCCAACCUGGCACCACAGGAGUGGAAAGCUGUGACUGGACUAGUCAAAGCUCUUGAACCAAUCGUAUUGGGGACCAAAGAUCUUAGUGGCCACAAAUAUGCAACUUUGUCGUCAGUGGUACCGUUUUUGCAUGGAACACAGACGGUUCUGAAAGACUGUAUUGCAGCCGAUGAUGACACCUCAGAGUUUGCUAGAAAUUUGCUGAAAAGCAUGAGGACAAGGUUUCCAGGGCAGGACGAGCAAAAGGAGUAUGUGCUGGCAGCCGCCUGUGACCCAAGGUUUAAGAACCUCUUCUGUACUGAAACAUUCCAGGAAACAAGGCUAUUGGAGCAUGCAAGAACUGAGUUGCAGCUCCCUCCAGAAGAAGAAUCAAGUGACUGUGUCGAAGCAUUGGCAUCUACAGCUCACAAGAAGCGUAUCAGCAGUAUCUGGGACAGCAUUGAGAAGCUGGCAGCGUCAUCAGAAAGAAGACACUCCACCAAAACAGCCAACAUCGAGGAGUUUAAGCGGUACCUUCGAGAGCCCACUUGCAGCAAGGACCAAGACCCUCUAGCAUUCUGGAAAGAAACACGCAAGCAGCGCUUCCCAGGAUUGUGCAAGAUGGCCAUGAAAUACAUGGGCAUUCCCGCAACAAGUGUACCAAGCGAAAAGUUGUUUUCGACGGCUGGUGAAGAGUGCACGAAGCUUGUUAAGCUGUGCACCACUGCUACCGAUGUGGAAGAGCUGUCCAAGCUCUAA